AUGGAAAUGAGACUUACCCCAAUUGUAUGCAUUGCUCAAGAUUAUAUUCAAGGAAAAACUGUGGAUGAUAUACGGUUACGUCAAGCAAUACUUGAACUACCUAACAAUAAAACAGAACAUCUUCCAGGGUAUUUACCUCUCGUACCAGAAAUGCCAGUUUUACUCACAGAAAACGUCGCUAAUGAGAUCGGACUCUCCAAUGGUACACGUGGAAUCCUUCGUCAAUUUGUAUACGAUGAAUCACCAGAAGAUAUUCGAUACCAGGAUAAGAAUUUUCCACCAAAUACCAAGUUUAUAACUCAACCAAAGUAUGCUUUGGAACUUCUUCCAGAAAAUAUAGCGAAAGCGGCCAAAAUAAACAAGAAAACAACAAUACUCUCGGUUAAACAUAAAGCACUUCCGCUUAUACCCGCAUAUAGCAUGACAACACAUAAAAACCAAGGACAAACACUCGGUAAAAUUAUCGUCGAUCUGGUCAUGCCUCCUGGACCACUCGAAGUUGCAUCGGCUUAUGUUCCAUUAUCUCGUGUAAAGAGACUUGACGAUAUACUUAUUAUACGGCCAUUUGUAUUUGCAACACUUCAAGUUAAACCAUCAACGGCCCAAAUAGAAGAACUUAAACGAUUAGAUAGAAUAGCACAAAAUACUCGGAAACGUUUUCAAUUCAUUGUUUAA